AUGUUGAGGAUGAUUCUUAUGGCCUGGUCGAUCGUCUGCUAUUUUUGUUUUAAGGUAUUCAAGGUGAACAUUGACAACUGUCCCGGAAUCAUCGGUGAUUUGGGUCAGGAGUUUGACAUAUAUGAGAGGUACUAUUACUGCAUCUUUCAGGACAAUAUUCAUCUUAAAUGGGCGCAUCAAUGUAUCAAUAACAAAAAAAUUAAUGAGCUCUGGAAACCAGGUCUUGGAGAUUGUAUAAAAUACGUCUUUCCGUGUCUGCUGUUAGAACCGUUCUAUCAUUUCUUUUACCUCUGUGACAUCUUGAAGGUAUUUUGUAUCGGGGAAUAA